UUAUUACUGACGUCAGAGAAUACGCGACCUUGUUGUUCGGCUUCGUCCUGCAUAUGUUUGCGACCUUUACUUCUCUUGAAUGAGACGAUAAGCGGUUCCAGUUCUGUCGGUUUGUGUUUGUGCAGCAGGUCACGAUGCUUCUCGUGAGGAGAGUCGUGCAGAGGACGAACCCCAACAGGUCGUUUUCUGCUUCACACACUCAACUGAGCCACAGGAAGGGUCUGGUGUUGGGGGUGUUUGAGAAGGAGGGAGAGGAGGCUGGUCUUCAUCUCACAGAGGCAGCGACAGGCUUUGACCAAACAGUGUCAGGGAAACUGUCUGAGUUGCUGACAAUCUCUGGACCUGCGCUGAAGAAAGGCAGUAGCAGAAUAUUCUAUGGAGUCCACACGGACUUCCCCUGUGUAGCAGUAGUAGGACUGGGUAAGAGUAACGCAGGAGUGUGUGGGGCAGAGAACUGGGACAUCGGCAAGGAGAACAUCAGAGCUGCAGUGUCAGCUGGCUGCCGGUCACUUCAGGACCUGGAGGUGAACCACGUGGAGGUGGACGGCUGCGGUGAUGCUCAGUCGGCAGCUGAAGGCGCUGCUCUGGGUCUGUUCCACUAUGACCAACUCAAAUCCAAGAAGAAGAACAAAGUGACAACGCAGCUCCAUGGAAGUGCGGAUUCGGUCGGGUGGGAGAAAGGAGUUCUUUACGCUGAAGGCCAAAACCUGGCACGGCUGCUGAUGGAAGGUCCAGCGAAUCACAUAACGCCGACUGUGUUUGCCAGCAUCAUUGAAGAGAAUUUAGCAGGACAUGCUGGACGAGUCACGAUAAAGAAGAGAUCCCAGGACUGGAUUGAGGAGCAACAGAUGGGAGCCUUCCUCAGCGUGUCCAAAGGCUCAGAGGAGCCCCCUGUCUUCCUGGAGAUUCAUUACAAUGGUGCACCCGAGAGCACGGAGGCCCCACUGCUCUUAGUGGGCAAAGGCAUCACCUUUGACACUGGAGGUAUUUCUCUGAAGCCAUCUGCUUCUAUGGAUGAAAUGAGAGCUGACAUGGGCGGUGCUGCCACCGUGUGUUCAUCCAUUGUCACAGCAGCAGCUUUGAAACUGCCAGUCAACAUUAUUGGUCUGGCUCCUCUGUGUGAGAACAUGCCCAGUGGGAAGGCCACUAAACCAGGUGAUGUAGUCACAGCCAAGAAUGGAAAAACAAUCCAGGUAGAUAACACAGAUGCAGAGGGCAGACUGGUUCUCGCCGACGCACUCUGUUAUGGACACACCUUCAACCCCAGGGCCAUUGUCAAUGUUGCUACAUUAACAGGUGCUAUGGAUGUCGCGCUCGGCUCAGCAGCAACUGGAGUAUUCACAAAUUCUGACUGGCUCUGGGAGCAGCUGCAGAAGGCCAGUGUUGUGACGGGUGACAGAGUGUGGCGGAUGCCCCUGUUCCAGCACUACACCAGACAGGUGACUGACUGCCAGCUGGCAGACGUCAACAACGUCGGCAAGUACAGCCGUUCUGGCGGCGCAUGCACAGCGGCCGCAUUCCUGAGAGAGUUUGUCACAGCUCCACAUUGGGCUCAUCUGGACAUCGCUGGUGUGAUGAGUAACAAAGAUGAAGUUCCCUACCUGAGGAAGGGGAUGUCCGGGAGACCAACACGUACACUGGUGGAGUUUGCUGCCGGGCUGGCACAUCACGGCUGAGAGACUCUGGCUGGAUUCAACAGAGACAGAGAGCUAAAUGCCAAGGGUCAAAGUUCACACAGAAUUAUACUGUAUAAUUUUACUGCUGGAAGUAAUUAUAGAAAUUUAAAAGACUCAAAUUUUAUAAAGGGUUGUUUGAUCUUUGAAUUUCUACAUCCAGCAGAUUAAUUAGUACAAUAUAUUUUUAAAGCUUUGUGAAAUGUCCAUUUUCUUGUUACUUCAGCUGAAAAAACUUUAAAGAUCUGUAUUAACUAAAUAAUGUUUCAGAUAAUUUAUAUGUUGUAUAAAUAAACUCUCUAUGUCUUUAAUUAUGA